GUUCGGAAUGUCGCAUAGGAAAUUUAGUGCACCGCGGCAUGGGUCUAUGGGUUUCUACCCAAAAAAGAGAUCCCGCAGACAUCGUGGUAAAGUUAAGGCUUUUCCAAGGGAUGAUCGGUCCAAACCAGUGCAUCUAACUGCAUUUUUGGGAUACAAAGCAGGGAUGACACAUGUUUUGAGGGAGGCUGAUAGACCUGGUUCUAAGGUUAAUAAAAAGGAAAUCGUCGAAGCCGUUACAAUCAUAGAAACGCCGCCAAUGAUAAUCGUUGGAGCAGUUGGUUACAUUCAAACACCUCAUGGUUUGAGAGCUCUUGUUACGGUCUGGGCUGAACAUUUAUCUGAAGAUUGCAGACGUCGUUUUUACAAAAACUGGUACAGAUCGGAACAAAAAGCAUUUACGAAAGCAUCGAAAAAAUGGCAGGAUGAAUUAGGAGUGAAAUCCAUCGACAAAUCUUUUAAGAAAAUCAUUAAAUAUUGCAGAUGUGUUAGAGUUAUUGCUCACACUCAGAUGAAGUUAUUGAAACAAAGGCAAAAAAAAGCUCACAUAAUGGAAAUUCAACUUAACGGUGGUAACAUGGCUCAAAAAGUUAAAUGGAUUAAAGAACAUUUGGAAAAGCCUGUACCAGUUUCCCAAGUUUUUGCCCCCGAUGAAAUGAUUGAUUGCAUUGGGGUUACUAAAGGAAAAGGUUACAAAGGUGUCACAUCAAGAUGGCAUACCAAAAAGCUACCGCGUAAGACUCACAAAGGUCUAAGAAAGGUAGCUUGCAUCGGUGCCUGGCAUCCGUCAAGAGUACAAUUCACAGUUGCUCGAGCAGGUCAGAAGGGUUACCACCAUCGUACUGAAAUGAAUAAGAAAAUCUACAGAAUUGGUCAAGGCAUUCAUUACAAGGAUGGAAAGCUUGUCGGAAACAAUGCCUCUACAGAUUAUGAUUUAACUGAGAAAUCCAUCACUCCAAUGGGAGGUUUUCCUCACUAUGGUGAAGUUAAUCACGAUUUUAUUAUGAUUAAGGGUUGUUGCGUUGGACCCAAGAAAAGAGUUAUAACAUUGAGAAAGUCAUUGCUUGUUCAUACCAAACGUUCUGCUCUUGAAAAGAUUAACUUGAAAUUCAUUGAUACAUCAUCCAAAUUCGGACACGGUCGCUUCCAGACUCCACAAGACAAAUUUGCUUUUAUGGGUGCUCUUAAAAAGGAUCGUAUUAAGGAGCAACAACAAGCCACUAAAGCCGCUUAAUUUUGUUAUAAAAAUGUCGUUUCCGUUAAUAAACAGAUAAACCG